AUGUACGGUUCUCGUCCAGGACACCUCCCGUACCCGUACCAGAUCUGUCGCGCUCAGUGCAACUUUGGACACCUGUGUCGCCCUUCACUUUCUGCACCCGGCAUGUGGCGUUGCGCGUACUGUGGCAAGGCGCUUCCUCCGCCGCCUCCCUUUGCUGCCUGA